UUUUAUGUUCGAUGGCAUUGGAAUGUCAAUUUAUAAGUCCAUUUGUUUGUCAAUAGUAGGGAUUAUUUUUUUGGAUUUAUUUGCAAAUAAUUACAUAAUUAAGUAGUUUUAACAAUGGCUGAUGAAGCAAAAGGUGAAGGUCCAGAGGAUAUUGAUACAAUCGGGAUAUAUGUAGGAAAGAGGAACGCUGAGGGCGACAGACACGGGGAGGGCUGGGCACACCUGCCCAAUGGGGAUUAUUAUACAGGAUGCUACUGCAGAGGACAGAGGAACGGGAAGGGCUUGUACGUGUUCAAAAAUGCCGCCCGAUAUGAAGGGGAGUGGCGCCGAGCCAUGAAGUAUGGAGUGGGGCGCAUGGUGUACCCAGACGGCUCGCGUUACGAGGGAGACUGGAGACAUGAUGUGAAGCAAGGAUUCGGAGCCUACUAUUACCCAAACGGAGACAUUUACGAGGGCGCCUGGUUCAAGGGAAAACGUCACGGCCUUGGCACCUACUUGUUCGCAGAAUAUCAGGUUAAAUUCAUGGGCACUUGGGUCGAAGGAACGAUACAAGGUCCUGGACAAAUCAUCUACCCUCGUUACCGCUACCAUGGUUCUUGGCUAAAAGGAAAGCCCAAAGGUCCUGGCUGCUUUGUUUUCGACACGAAUUGCAUGCAACAUGGAUUCUAUCUGCUGAUCAAGGACCCAGCUAACAUGGAAUUCGGUGAAGGCGAAGAGGAGAAAGAAGAAAAAGAAGCUAAGGAUGAUAUGAGAAUGGAAGAGGAGGAGGCUGAGGAAUUUGAUGAGACAGCAGGUAAAGUAGCAACAUGGCGUGCGCGGAACGUCACGGCGUACAUGGCAGAGUUCCUACCACAAGAACCAGUUCCUCUACCAGUCCACGACUCGGUGCCUUCUCUUACUGACGAGAGCUGCGUCUUAACUGAACUACAGUUCGACCAACCUUCGAUCUCACCAGAGGAGGAAGGAGGGGAUGACAAUGAUUCCUGGCUCUUACAUAGACAACAGUUCCUUGAGGAAACUGAACAGAAAGAUGCGGAUAAGGCUUGAAGUGUCAUCUUUUGUGGACCAGUGAAAUGUGUUUUAUUUGAAUUAAUGUAGAGCUUAAUUUUGCAUGAAACUAUUUGUUCUAUCAUGUUGUAAAUUAGUGCUUGAAAUGCACCAUUGAAAGGUUAUUGAAGUAUUGCUUUGACUGGUAAACUAAAGAUGUAUUAAUUAACAAUAUACUU